UCUGGUCCAGAUCCUCCGCUCCUCCUCAGCUCAACACACACAUCCAUUGUACACAAACGGGCAGGCGGCUCACGCAUACACAUGCACUCACACACAUGCACACGUAUAUACGCACACACGCACAGCAUCGAUCGUGGCUCCUUUAAGAAAAGCCUAAGCCAGAAUUAUCACCCCACCUCCUCUUGAUCUCCUCUAGUUGCGUUUGCAUAAGAAAAUCAAGCCGGGAGCCGAGAGUGAUCACAGAAAACCAGAGGAGAGCAGCUUCAUUUUUUAACUGUGAUUGUGACCAUUAACAUUUAGCUGGUGCCGAUCCCGUGGAGACGCGCGUCGGACCAUCAUUCAUCCGGUACUUUUGACAAGCCCUCGCGUUUUGACUGACAGGCGGAGUGACAAAAAGCCAUGAGAGUCGCCACUUUUGUUUGAGGGGCUAUUUUAUUUUCCUCCUGGUUUCGGAAAAGGAGCCUGGCUGCCGCUGCCCCGAGGAUAGCCGAGGACCUAUUCGCCGCGCCUGGGCUAAACUUGCGCAGAAAGCGGGGGCUGGCUCACCGUUCCGUGGAAGAAGAGGCAUACGGGAUUUUGUUGCUGAAACAUCUUCCCAUUUAUUUGGAUUUUCUUUCUUCAUUUCGUCUCCACCCUGGCCUCAGAGGGGAUUUAUCUAAACUGAAAGGACGACCAGGGAGUCAGGAGGGUUAUGGCGCAACGGUACGAAGACUUGCCCCACUACGGGAUGGACGGGGUGGGCAUCCCGACCACCAUGUACGGAGACCCGCACGGAGCCCGCUCCAUGCAGGCGGUGCAUCUGAACCACGGGCCCCAGCUGCACUCCCACCAGUAUCCGCACACCGCCCACACCAACACCAUGCCUCCCAGUAUGGGCACCUCUGUUAACGACGUUCUCAAGAGAGAUAAAGACGCUAUAUACGGGCACCCCCUGUUCCCCUUGCUUGCACUGAUUUUUGAGAAAUGUGAAUUAGCGACGUGCACCCCCAGAGAGCCCGGGGUGGCGGGCGGAGACGUCUGUUCAUCGGAAUCUUUCAAUGAAGACAUAGCAGUGUUUGCAAAACAGAUUCGGGCAGAAAAGCCUUUAUUUUCAUCGAAUCCAGAAUUGGAUAAUCUGAUGAUUCAAGCCAUUCAAGUUUUACGAUUUCAUCUUCUGGAGCUGGAGAAGGUACACGAGCUGUGUGAAAUGUCUGUCACGCCUCUGACAAUGGCCACCGUCACAAACAGCCCGUCUCCAAGGGAUCCACGGAGAACAUCCCAGCGCAGCGGCGGAAAUCUGCAGCGAGAAGUGAAGUGGAAGAGGCCACAGAAAAAAAGAAAAUCAGUUUGUCAGUUUCCGCGAGUGUCAUCUAAAUGGACUUUGAAAGCUCUGACGUCCUGGAACAGAGAUCACGAUGACACGGCGUCCACACGCUCUGGAGGAACGCCGGGACCGUCCAGCGGAGGACACACUUCACACAGCGGGGACAACAGCAGCGAACAGGGUGAUGGCAUGGACAACAGCAUGGCCUCGCCGAGCACAGGGGAUGACGAUGACCCGGAUAAAGAGAAGAAGCGCAACAAGAAGAGAGGGAUCUUCCCUAAGGUGGCCACCAACAUUAUGAGAGCAUGGCUCUUUCAGCACCUUACACAUCCCUACCCGUCAGAAGAACAGAAGAAACAGCUGGCGCAAGACACAGGCCUCACCAUCCUACAAGUGAACAACUGGUUCAUUAACGCCCGGAGGAGAAUAGUGCAGCCCAUGAUUGACCAGUCAAACCGUGCAGUAAGUCAAGGACCUCCCUACAAUCCAGAUGGCCAGCCGAUGGGGGGCUUCGUCAUGGACGGCCAGCAGCACAUGGGAAUCAGACCACCUGGAGCAAUGGGAGGGAUGGGCAUGAACAUGGGCAUGGAAGGUCAGUGGCACUACAUGUAGCCCCGCCCCAAUCCGACCAAUCGCAACACAAAGGAAGAUAACGGCAGGGCAACCCGGGGAUCACCUAUCUCACCGAGGCCUACGGAGAACGGGAACAGGGCUCCUUGACUUCCUGAUGACAACAACCAACAGUAACCCCUCUGUCCACCUCCAACACCCAACAACAUAUUAUUCGGCUGAUAUCUGCAACAUGGAAGCUUUCCAUGACUGCCUUCAACCCUUCCAAGUCUAUGUGUCCAGCGACGGUGAUGCACAGAAGAUCAAACUAUGUCCAAACCAGAUGAUCCCCUGUCCCGACUGACCCCUGCUUCUUCUUCUUCUUCUCUGGUGGGCACUAGACUUCGCCCCCUUGCCACUGCCCACAAGGUUCACAUGGACUCCUCCAUUACAAGUGAUUGUGAUUGCGAUUGCGAGCAUAGACGACACACGAGAGACACACUGUGUCCUUUGCCUGUACCUUUGGCGAAUGCAGCACCUGGUGAUAUAUUCUAGACUCUUUGGUAAACAAGAGAGAGAUCCUGUGAAGAGCACUCCACUCUUUGGGACGAUGGAAUUGGACCAAGGAGAAGCCAAUGUCUGUAUCUGACAGGACACUAACAAAGCAAAAGAGGUGCCCUUUAAAAAAUAUAGUGGAUUGAAACAUGGAAGGAGGGAAAGCAAGAGAAAAGAAAUAAAAAGUAUAACUAUAUCAAACCCUAGUUUGGGAAGCGAGUGGAGAAAGAAAAUAUACUGUAUACUGAUGUAAAAUUACGCUGGACUCUCACAAGAACUGGGAAUUUAAGUAUUGUAAAUGCUAUUGUAUUGUUCUGCAUAUUAUGUUGUUUCUAAUAGAUUUUUUUUAAAAAGGAUGUGAACUUUUUUCUCUUUUUUUCUGAUUUCUUUCCACACUAUGUGUGUGCCGUCUCCAUCAAAUUUGACCUCCUGCCCCCUCCCUUCAUUCAAUCACGAUGCAUUUUUAAAAGAAAAAGAAAGUGAAUAAACGGACAAUUCGAUCAGU